CGUAAAAAUGUACGUAAUCAACGAAGUCGUUUGAUCAAACGAGAUAAAAAUGACAGAAAAUGGAAAUCCGAAGAUGGCUUUACUAUGUUCUCUUUAACUGUGUGUUAAUUAAAUAUCUGGAAGCAAAAACGAUUUCGUUGAAUGAAGUGAUCACCGCAGAAUCAAAUCAAAAGGAAGCCUUCGAGACAACACUUCCGCCUAAAACAGAAGGCAUUGGAAAACGUCUGCCGCUUAUAAAACGCCUGAAGUCUACCUCGAGGAUUAAAGAUUUCCUUAAAACAGGUCUAUCACUAGAUCAUUCAGCCAUAAGAGGACAUACACUAUCGCCACUAAAAUACAGGAAGACAUUUCUGAUCAAAAGUCCAUUAAGACCUAGAAAGUUAAAUCUUUUACAAAAAUCAAGAUAUAAACGUAAAAACCAAUCGGCAAAACGCGAAAUUAGUGGAAAUGAGAGUCUCAAACAAAAAUAUAUUCCACUUCUCAAAAGUCUUAGCAUGUUGUUUGAUAAUCUUCUUAAUUCAGACGAGAGCGAGUCCUACGAACGCAAAACAAAGAAAUUUAAGCGAAAUCGAUUUUAUUCAGAGGAGACUUUCAACGUCCCCAUCAAACUUACAAGUGAAUCCGAUUAUGGAAGUCUUGAACCCAAGUCGCAAGAAAAGACAAUUACUGUUUCCACGCCUUUCGCCACUGAGACCUCGCCUUCUCCCAAGAUUGCCACCACUGCCGAGGCUGCCUCCAAGACAGCCAAUUUUACUGCCACUCGUAACUUCGGUUCUUUCAGACAGCAUAAGAACAUACCCUUAUUACUUACAAGAAAUACCUUUAGCAAUCGGAGAGUCGAUAAUGGAGUCAGUAAGAGAAGCGGCACCUCACUUCACGGGGACAUUGAAAGAAAUAUCACCGGGCAUUAUGGAGAUUAUGAACAUGCUGCCGGAGUCAGAGAAAAUGUAUCCAGCACAGAAAAUGAUGAAAAAAAUACCUACAGUGAUACACGAAGCAGUACAGGAAGCUUUCGACACCCAAGACCCUCGGGACAUGGAAAUAAUACCGGAUUAUUUCAGAGAGGAAUCAGAACUGUUUCCGAAGAUAAAACAAAAAACGCAAGCGUCAAUGACUCCCUUGGAGAAAAUCAAUUCAAAAAUAGAAGAAACGAAACAAAGAGCCCAAGAAUUUUACAAAAAUCUGUUCGAAGACUACGAGGAUUUGCAUCCGAAGAUAACGACCACAUCACAGAGCAUUUUAAGCCCAAAGAAAUACGUGAAGAAGGCGACAGCGAUGUCACAUACAUUGACACCGGUUAUCAACGAAUCACUGACGGAGGUAGCACAGUUACCAAAGAAGAUCAAAAAGUUCGUCAAAGAGAUGAAACAAUGAAACAAGUAGACUCAGCAGGAAUAUUCAGAAAGCCUUCCUUUAAACGACUCAAAGACGCACACAGUAAAGUUGCCAAAAAAGAUCAAAGGGAUGAUCACGAAAAUGAUGCAGCGACGCUAGUAAAUAAGUCGGAAGACAACACUAAAAUCAUAACUCUUGACGCCGGUUUACAAAGUACCAAUGAUGAAAGUAGCACAGUUAUCAAUGGUAAUCAAAAAGAUCUUGAAAGCAAUGAAACAAUAACGACAGUAGAUAAUUCAGCAGGAAUAUUCAGAAAGCCUCACGCCUAUUUUAAACAAGAUGGCGAUGCCACAGUUUCCAAAAACGAUCAUAAUAUCCAUCAACGAAAUGAAAAUAAUAAAUUGGUAGAUAUCGUAGGUGACCCCAACGUCUUAAAUGAUAGAGCCAGUUAUCAGUCAAACACAAACGGAAGUGGCUUAGCUCAAAUGAGACACCAAAAAGUUCGACAAGGUAACGAUGUGAUUUCGUUAGAAAAUAAUAUAGAAGACAAUGGCGUAAAUGUAAACCACGUUUAUGAAGAAACCACUGACGAAGAUAGCACGGUUAGCAAAGAUCAAAAAGCUGGUCAAGAACAGGAAACAAUAACUGUUGGAUAUAAAUCCACAACGUUUGGUGAUAUCACGCCCACUGACACGAGUAAUCAGCAAAUUGUUGAUGGCAGAGGCUUAUUCGCCAAUGAUCAAAAAGCUGAUGAUAGUACUGAAAUAAUGACGUUAAAAGAUAAAUCAGAAAGCAACAAAUGUGUCUUACUCAUUGAUCAACCAAUCACUAAAAAAGGUAGCCUGGUUGCCAAAGAAAAUCAGAAAGGUCUUGGUAAUGAAAUCAAUAGGUUGGCAGCUAAUGUAACAACAGUUCAGAAAAAAACCCCAGUUGUUAUGAUUUUUGAUGGGUACAGUAUAGCAAGACACAAAAAUGGUGAAAACAAAUUCUCAGAAAAGUCGAUUCGUGUCCGUUCUUAGUGAAGGUUUUCAGUGUUAGUAUUUUACUAAAACUCUGUAUUUUGUGUUUUUGUGUAGUAUAUUAGAAAUAGAUAAGUAUUUUGUACAAAUAAUUACUUUUGUAAUAAACAAAUAAAAUUAACGGCGUCCUUUUUUCCCCUUGCUCUUGCUUGUUUGGGCUGCUUGUUGAGGUUGAUCAGCAGGUC